UCGCCGUGCCGCGAGCACGCGUUGUAAUGCGUACCGCGUUUUGACGCGACAUGGCCUCGUCCACGACCGGUAACAUCGUCGUCGAGUGGUUGCGAUCCCUACAUUUGGGCCAAUAUUCUGAGAGUUUUAUAGAUAAUGGGUACGAUGACUUGGAAAUAUGCAAGCAAGUCGGAGAGCCAGACUUGGAUGCAAUCGGAGUUCUUAAUCCUACACAUCGCCAAAGACUCCUGCAUUCUAUCAGAUCCUUGAGAGAAGAAGGUGCUGCGGCUGUCUAUUUUACAUUGGAAGAGGCCGCAGCAGCCAGAGACACCUGUAGAUGUGAAGAAGAAACCAGAAAAGAGCAGGCAACAGUGGCAAUAGAACCUGCAAAAUACGCUGAUGAGUACGAGGAAGGCAAAGCUGAGUUAGUGAAAAUACCACGAUUGCAAUUAAAGCGUCUGCUUCGGGAACGUCUCGCUCAAGACGGUAUUCGACUAAGCCUGCAGCCGUAUUCAACAACGGAUGGUGACCGAGGUUAUCUUGAAGGUUUAGCGUCCAGAUAUGCAGAUUUAUUUUCAACACAUUACGGGGAUGUUCUGGAUCAUCUAGAAGAAUUAAGAAGGCAUGAAUGGGAGGAGAUGUCACCAAGGAUGAGAGUGCUUGGAGAUCCAGGGACCCCACAAACACCUCCAUCAGCCAGUCCCGGUUCUCUAGCGUUGAACAAUUUAACAACAUCACAUUCACAACCAAUUUAUGUGCCUGGAAAAUAUUCGCCAUCAAGUUGCCUAACGGAUAAAGAAGAGGACGAGAUUUACGGCUUUGGCUACGGAGUGUUUGGGAAACAGAUGUUGCAAAGACAACAACAACAGAAACAGCUGUUGUUGGCGCAGCCGACGCAGCCACUUAUGCACAACCAACAACACAAUUACCAGAGUUGUUUAAGUCCACGGUCAGCGUACUUCUACGAAUUUCCUCCUAGUGAUUUCUUUCUUGCAGAUAAUUGCCUUGGAACAGCAAAGAAGAAGGUAACAACGUUUUCAAGACUACUUCGCGGUCUAAAGUCGCAUAGGAAAGAAAAACAUGGCUCCUGUUCGCCGAAACACGCCCACAGUCCUCGUCAAAUAUUACCGCCACAAAGGGUCGACACACCAGACAGCGUGCUACAAAGUGGUCUGGGUUUGGGUCCUGGACCCGACACGGCUUUGAGGUCCAUGGUUGACCCCAGGGACUAUGAUCGCCUCCGCACCUUACAAAUGAGUGCCGCCCAACCUAACACCUUUGAAGAAACAAUACAUAGGUUAAAGGUACAGGAAGCGAUGAAGAAAAAAGACAAAUUAGCGAGAGAACAAGAAGAAAUUUUAAGAGAUAUAAGACAUGGCCUUAUGAAUAUGGGAAGAGACGGUGUAAGAGGUCCCUUUGGAGACGACACGUAUAUGUACGACGACGAAGCGAGAGGACUGACUGGAAGAGGGCAUUGGUAUGAUGAACCUCCAUAUGAAAGUGAUCCUGAAGACUUUCUUAUGGGCGGUGGAGCACCUGCUGCAACUUUUCAAAACGGACGUGUGUGCUUCACGUUAAAUCUACGAAAUGAGCCCAGAGGCGAAGGGGUUAUAUCACUAAGAAGUGCUGGUGACAUAAGUUUAGCGAGAGCCCCCAGGAGAGGUUUAAUUAUUCCACAAAGCGGUCCAUACCCGACUACUGUUAUUCCAUUAAGAACUGCAAGGGACAGAGAAAGUGGGGAUUAUGCUGCAUCCGACAUCCAAUCAAUAGGUUCAAGACUAUCAGGCAUUUCAAUUGAGUCAAAUAGAUCAGAACGAGACUCAAGAAGAGGUUACAGACAAAUGUCGGGAUAUCGGAUAGGUGCUGAUCCAUUAUCACCCGCCUCUUCAGAUUACGAGGAUCAAGAGAGCGAAACUGAUUCACAACACAUAGCCACAGUACAUAAGUCUGCUGAAGAGUGUGAGGGUGUUUCCAAUUUAGCGGGAAAAGUGCGUGGCCUAAGGCAAGAUGUCCAAAGAAAAAUUUCAAGAUUAAGACAAGAGAGAGGCCCAGAAGGAAGUGAUAGACGAACUAGUGGUGACCAAGCAUUUCCAUGUUCUAAUAGUUCUUUCGAAAGUCUUCCCAGCGGAUCAGGCAGUAGCACACAAGCAUUGGUUCGCGCCGGUAGUAAUCACUCAUCUCUCUCGGCAGAAGAAAACAUAGAAUUAAGUCCAGCCGGGCGGAGCUUGCUUGUGCCGCAAAUGCUGUGCCGAGCCCGAGCACUCGUCGAUUAUGUACCUAAUAUUUAUGAGAAGGAUGCCUUGAGAUACAAGAAAGGAGACAUCAUAGAAGUUAUCAACAUGAAUGCAUCGGGUAUUUGGCGAGGAGUUUUGAACAACAAAGUAGGAAACUUCAAAUUUGCUAACGUCGAAGUUCUCUCUGAUCGAGACACAAUGCGGUCAAGGUCUUCCAAAUGGUGCAAGAGUCGUGAAAGGUUAUGGGAAACUCGACCACGAACAGUUGAUGAAUUACUUAGAAGAAUAGACUUACCAGAAUAUACAGUGGCCUUUGCUAGAAAUGGAUAUGAAGAUAUAGAACUUUUUAAAGAGAUUGAACCGUCAGACUUAGACUACUUGGGAAUUAUGACCCCAGAACAUCGCACUCGUAUCUUAGCUGCUGUACAACUGUUACAUCAGCUUGAAUGUGGCGAAGGAGACGGAGAAGGUGAUGGAGGUGGUUCUAGUUCGGAAGGAGGUGAUUCACCCUUUGGACGUCGGCAGUUCCCUCGCGAUUCAGGCUGUUAUGAGGCAAGCGUUGGGGUUGGUGGUGUCCGUGUUAGAACUUCACCGCUAGUUCAUAGAGCUGAUGAACCCACCCAUAGACCACCAGAACCAGCGCCUCAAGCAAAGCGUUCCGUGCGGCGACGACAACCCGACGACGCUGAGUGCGAUAGAAUCGAACGAUAUCCUGGCUCAGUCGGAGAAAGAACAAUCGCACGUUCUGGAGGUCUACCAGGUGGAGCUAGGGAUGACACUUGUGAAUCAGAUCAUAGGCUUAAUGUUGUGAAAUUUGUGGCUGGUGGCGAGCCUUGUGCCUCAGAAAAAAGUAGUGAUUCUGGGGUGAGUAGUUCAUCGUUAAGUUCAGCACAUCCACACCGACCCUGAGCGCGGCCCGCCGCGCCAGCGCUAGCGUAGGCGUUGGCGCGGGCGCGUGCGCAAGCCGCGCUGCCGCCCGCACUCCCCGCCAAUACCAAAACUGUCGUGCCGCCCGAAUGCGAAUAAGACAAAACUUGCGGGGAUACCAACUCUUUAGUGCGAAAACUAAGUCUACAAUAACUUGACAUUGCAUUGACAAUAGCAAUGGAAUAUUGUAUGUCCAUACUUAAGACGACUUCUUUUGUAUUUCAAAGACUGAGUAUUUUGUCUGACCAAUUUUAUUACUUUUACUGAAUUAAGAAUAAAUAAUGUCAUUGGCAUAUGGGCGGCACCCAUUUUUGUUGGUGUGAGUAAAUGUUGAAUUAGAUAUAUUUUAUAGAUAAAUUUCUAAUAGACAUUUUUACCAUGUUUGGUAAUUAUUGUUUUCUGAAAUUCUCUGUUAAUUUUCAUAUUAGGUACAUAAAUAUUCUAUCAUAAAACAUGCAGACUGAAAUUAGUAUACAAAGCCUAUCCGCGUUGCAAAUGUGUGUGUAUAUCAAUGAAUUUGGCCACACGUAUUUUUGUUUUUCACUGUGAAAAUAAAUGUAUAUGAAAACACCAUGCAUUAAAUAUUUGCAGUGCGGUAUACGGUUAUACAUCCCAUAUUGUUUUGCAUUUGUAUAAAUAAAGUCUGUUGGUAAUAUUGGAUAGUACUGAAAAGUAAAAAUCACCUAUCAAAUUGCUUAAUUAUGAUUUUAAAACAAAACAAUUACGUAUUUUAAAUGAUAUAUCAUUCCGGUUAUAAAAUAUUCAUAUCAUUGAGUGUGACACUAUGUUUAGUUUCUUUUAUAAGAUUAAUAAUGACAUUUUAUUUAUCUUUUCAGUUUUAAUACUACAAUUUAUAUGUGUCUUUUCCAUUCUUGUAGUAUUUCGUCAUUGUAUAAUUUAAGUAACUCUGUGUUUCUUUGUAGUGAAGGCAAUAAGCCAGUUGAAUAGUGAACUGGAGCGUUGAAAGCGCAACAUUCGAUAGCAAUAAUUGUAAAUAAUAUAAUAGAUAGGUUAAUUAUUAUAUGUUGAGACUUUUUGUAAUUUUUUAAGAGAGCUUUAUGCGGUAAGCCGCAUGUACAGUCUAGUGUAGGCAUUUCGAGUGUGAAAUUUUAAAUUUCGCUCAGAUCUUCCGUGUAAGCUUAGCGUUUAUGUUGAUAUUUCUCUCAUUUAUGUUUUCAUUUUUGAUAAAAUAUACCGCGAUUAAACAUUCAUUUACCACUAUAACAAACUGUUUUCGACAAGAGUUUGUUUGUUUAUUUGAAAGCAAAAUUAAAAGAACUUAGAAUCUAUUAAAAAUAAGCAUGGCAGUGAUAUUUAAAUUGGAAUUUUACGAUUUUGACACUUGUAACUGAAUUUAACGUUAGCAAUGUUUACUCCUUUUAUAUAUAUAAAACAUUCUGUAUUGUGAAGGUGUACGUUAUGAUAAGAAAUAUUAAAGAUUUCAAGAAGUAUUUCGAUCUAACCAGCCUUGUAUUAAAGUAAGCCGUGUUGAAUGCGGUCCACCAUCAAUUAUUUGAGUCGUUAAUUGCACAAACAUGACAAACAAACAAACUCACAUCCUCACUGUAAUAAUAUUAGAUAGAAAUAUGGCCUACAAUCAUUUGUGCUCGUUGAAAAUGUUAUUUAUUAUGUUCUGAAUAUGUAUUAUAAUAUGUGAUUUAAAGAAUUGGGUGUAAUUAGGGGUGUUUGCAAAAUUACCAGCCCGUAGUGUGUAAAACCAGAUAUUGACGAUACAUUUGAACGGACGUGGAGAGAUUUUUACAGUUGACUGAUUCUGAAGAUGCUUUAUAGAAUAGACUACAGGUCUUGACGUUGAUGCCAUAUGUAUUUGAAAUCUUUGCAGCAUAAUAAUUUAUGUAACUUCAUUUUCUAUGAUAGGAACAAUAAUUACUGGAAUAGUUUUUUUCAUCUG